UAUAUCUUUUCUGAUCAAAUUUUUUAAAUAUGCAAAAAAAUGUUUACACAGAAAUUUUUGCUGACCUCAUGAGCUCAAAAACUGCCAAUGGCAAUUUUAACGUACAAGUUAACACCCUAUUUGUGAACAGUGUGACCAUAAUUUCAUGCAAGAGCAUACUGGUGUGAAAGUCAAAGUUUUAAGUUCCUUUUGCAUGGCAACAGUGUCCACCCUUAAACAGGGGCAGUAUAUAAACUCUAUACUGGUUCACUUGCAUAACGGAUAGAGAUCAGCACUCUGUGAAAAGAUGGUUGCCUUGUGCAUCCAACUUUUGACCCUGUUGGUGGUUUGUGCAGCUGCCAAUGAAAAUAAAUAUAUUACAUAUACAUUUAAAGCUUGGAAUAUGGGGGACAAGCCUUUGCAGGAGCAGCUUGCUAUUGUGUAUAAGGAGAUGGAAAACUUGAAACAUGAACAAGCAGUGAUGAAGCAAAAGCAAGAUGCCAUGAGUCAGGUAUUACCACACUGUCCACAAAAGCCUCUUGAUACAGAUGUGGAAUUGAAUGUGACGUCUUUGCAAAGCGGUCAGUCAGGCAACCAUCUGGUUAAUAAAUGGCUCAGUGAGGUUGAGGAUGAUGAGGGUUCUGGUGAUGAUGAGUUUGAUGCGGGCUUAGACCCCUGCAAUCACUACAAAGCGUUGGACCAGGCCUGGAGAGCAACUAACUACACCACCAAGAGAGUUGUUUGUGACCGUAGUAUGAAAUGGAGAGGCUGGUACCGUCUCUUCUACCGUGGGAAAACCAUCCAGAUGCCUGAGAAGUGUGUGAAGAAAGAGAUGUGUGGCACGCAUUCACCUCUGUGGCUCGCCGGCGGUCAUCCACGGAUAAGAGACGGAAUCGUCACACGCAAAGUAUGCGGAAACUGGAAAAACAACUGCUGUUUGUUUAAAUCUCAUCCAAUUCAAGUGAAAGCAUGUAGAGGAAAUUAUUACGUCUACAGGUUCGUCAAACCGGUAGCCUGCCAUAUGGCAUACUGUGCAGACAUCAACACUCUUGUAUGUGGAAGAUGCAGGAAAAGUGAAUCUUGUAUCAGCAGAGACAAAAUCACCUGGAUGUGUAGGAGAAACAAACGGAGAGUAAAAGCAAAUGUCCAUUUCUUUGCCUCUUACCCGGGUCGAAUCUCAGGAAAAGUGAGCAGGAUCGUAUACAGGAAAGUAUAUGUGAAUCAGGGCAGGGCGUUUAACAGUCGCACCGGAAUAUUUCGAGCUCCAGUGUCAGGGGUUUAUCAGUUCUUCUUCUCCUCACAGACUUGGGGUGGUGGGGUGACAGACCUGUGGCUCGUUGUUAAUGGUUAUUGGGUGGCUGUGUCCCAUAACAAUGUUAAGGGCCCAAACUCUGUUGGAAAUCUCUCUACAUACAUGACGACCCUGCGCAAGGGUACUAGGGUUUAUGUGACCCAUAAUCGUGGUCGCUCUUGGGCCAACUCUGCAUCCAACAACAUCGUUUUUGGUGGUUCUUUACUUAUGGUGAGAAAAGUCUAAAGAAAUGUCAAUUUUUAAUGAAGCAGUAGUAUAACAUUUUACAGUGAGAAGCUGCUGUAGUAAUACAAAUAUAUGAUUUUAGAUUAUUCACUCUUAAAAUAAAAAAUUUAGUUGCAGCAAUGCAAUAAUUUUUAGAUCCCCAAGGAACUUUUCAGUUGAGGGGGAUUCAAAAUGUAAAAACAAUGUGCCUUUUUAUAGUGUGUAGACCCUUUCUCCACUAUACAAGGACCCUUGUGCAACAUAAAGGCUCUGUGGAUGUUAUAAGGUCUUAAUGAAACCACAGGCAAACAAAGAAUAUUAACUUUUUUUUUAACUUUUAUGUUAUGCUAUUUCUGCUAUUCAUUAUUUUGGCUUUAAUAGAUGUGUUUUUUUGAGAGAUUUGUUGAUUUAAAUUGUCAUUUUAUUUUUUAAACAUACUUAUUUUUUACUAUACAGUAAUUUGUACAUUUUAAUUAUACAUGCAUUAUUAUUACUAUUAUUUUUAUAAACUAUUUAGCACUAUUUAACUAUGAAAAAAUACUGUGGUAAAGUAAAAUUAUAAUAGUCUAUUAGACGUAUAUUUUCUAAGUAAAAGGUAGAGGGCAGUAGAGGUAUCGUGUUUAUUAUAGGAGGAUGGCACAAUGGCCAUAGAUAACUGCGCAUAGAGCAACAUCGUGCCUCAUCUUCAAUCCUCAUUCAACUUAAACACGUUCCCGUGUCUUGAGGUUACUGUGUAGACAUUUUCACAUUACGUGUCAAUGAUGUUUUAAUACCAGAUUUAUUUUUCUUUUUUUCAAGCAGAAUUUUUUUUUAACAAAUAACGUGCUUACCUGCGAGCACCUGUACUGUAUAAAUGGAAACUUGGGUAUUGUACUUUUGAUGUU